AUGAUAAAACUGGUAGAAAUAGGUGGCUUAAUUUACAAGCCACCGCCAUCUCAAAAUCCGAAUCCUGUUAGGAUUUGUACUGAGAAGGCUAUAUGUAUAUAUGCUCAAAUGCUAGAUCAUUAUCAGUCAAGUCUUUUCCCUGAUUCGAUCGAGAGUCUCGCAAUUGCCAUGGCAAGAAGGAGAUCGAAGCGAGUUGUCAAGAAGCCAGUGCGGGUGGAGAAGCUCAACACUGUCUUCACUUGUCCCUUUUGCAACCAUCCCAACGCUGUGGAGUGCAUCAUCGAUAGGAAGUUGUUCGUGGGCGAAGCUGGAUGCCGUGCGUGCAAAGCAAGCUUUUCGACCUCCACCACUCCUUUGACGGAGCCAAUCGAUAUAUACAAUGAAUGGAUUGAUGAGUGUGUUAGGGUUAACAAAAGUUGA